AUGCAUGAUUUCACGGAUAACCUUCGCCCAGGCCAACCAGACGGGCCAACAACACUAGCCCGCGAGCGUCAGCAAUCCAACAUUGCCACUGAAGAGCUAGGGCAACAUUUGUUGGCCUCGGAUGGGUUUUUGGAACGACAAGCUCGGAUCUUGCCCAUCAUACAAAAAGAGCCACUCUUCUCCAAAGACCAGCAACAAAACCUCUCCAGACCGGAAAGGUUCAAGCUAGGACUUGCGCGCGCAAAGCUGCUACGCCGAAUGAAAGACACGCAUAAAUGGAGCCACCUCGAAUACCAGAUGGCCGAGUACCUGGUCGACGAUGUGUCGCCAUACUUCCUGCACGUGGAGAUGUUCAUCACGACCAUCCGCGAGCAGGCCAGUGAAGAACAACAAGCGUACUGGCUUCCUCUAACAGAGUCCUGGAAAAUUAUUGGUGCAUAUGCACAGACAGAACUGGGACAUGGAAGCAAUGUCCGUGGCUUGGAGCUUGAGGCGCGUUGGGAUAACCAAACGAAGGAGUUCGUGCUGCAUAGCCCAACCCUUACAGCGAGCAAAUGGUGGAAUGGCAGUUUAGGCCGUAUAGCUAACCACGCUAUUGUGGUUGCACAAUUACUUCUCCCGGAUUCCAAUUCGCCAGAUAAAUACAUUUCGCAUGGUCCUCAUCCAUUCAUUGUGCAGGUGCGAGAUAUGAAGACCCAUCAACCGUUGAAUGGGAUUGUUGUUGGAGAUAUUGGUCCAAAAUAUGGCUAUAUCACCAUGGACAAUGCGUACAUGUUGUUUAAUCAGUUCAGAAUUCCACACUCUGCUAUGCUAUCACGAUACUCAAACGUUGAUCCAAGCACCGGAGUUUAUACCAAGCCAGCGCAGCCAGCUCUCAUCUAUGGAUCACUGACCUAUGUGCGGGCGAACAUGGUCCACCGCGCCCGACUCGUCCUCGCACGAGCAGUGACCGUUGCAGUGCGUUACAGCAGCGUGCGACGUCAGUUCCAAGAUCGAGACGGUGACAAGAAGGGACCGGAGAUGUCUGUUUUGGAUUAUCCGACUGUCCAAAUUCGAAUCCUUCCUCUCCUUGCCACGACCUUUGCACUUCACUACACGGGUCUUGCGAUGCAGGAAGUCUACCAAAAUGCGCGUCAGGAUAUCGGGAAGGGAAAUUUUAAUUCUCUGGCUCAUAUGCACAGUAUGUCUUCUGGAUUGAAGAGUCUCUGCACUAUUCUCACUGCAGAUUGUAUUGAGACGUGCCGACGUGCCAUGGGUGGCCAUGGGUUUGGCGGCGGAAGCGGCUUGAUCCAGGUCAAUAAUGAUUACCUCUCUAAGCCCACUGUUGAGGGUGAUAAUUGGAUGAUAACGCAGCAGGUUGCGGCGUAUCUUAUCAAGAAGAUGACCGCUGCGGUUAAGUCGCCUGAUACUGCCGGCGUCGAUGAGACUGAGGCUCAGUUCAAAGAAUUCAUCCGCAACAAGCGUCUUCCAGGAUCAAAAAAGGCGACAUACAAGAGUUUGGACAGUGAUUUGGACAUUGUUAAGAGCUUUGAACUAAGAGCUACCGCCAUGGCAUACGACGCAUAUGAACAAAGAGUCAUAAAGAAGCAAAAUUGGAACAGUCUUCUCAUUCAGCUUCAUAAACUAAGUCGUGCCCAAUCCGAAUCAAUAAUCGUCGCGACCUUCUACAAUGCCCUAUCCAAUGACAAAACCCUCUCAGCACCAAUCAAAGCUGUUCUCUGGGACUGCUACCGCCUGUUCGCAUUAUACAGCAUGGAGAACGAAAGCUUCGAAUUCUUCCGCUCCAACGCCGUCUCCCAAGCCGAUCUGGAUACCCUAGCCAGUCGAGUCCAAGACCUAAUGGCGCGUAUUCGACCACAUGCGGUGAAACUUGUUGACUCGUGGAUGAUUCCUGAUUAUUUAUUGGAUAGUGCGCUGGGACGACAUGAUGGCCGUGUGUAUGAGGACCUAUUUAAUCGCGCCCACCGGUUGAAUCCGCUGAACCGGAUUACGUUCAAUCCAAAUUAUUGGGAGGAUGAGAUUGUGAAGGGGAGUGGGGAUAAUGGGUGUGGUAUUUUGUCAAAGCUGUAG